AGAAUGAGACCUCCACAGCAGAAGGGCUGACAAGGAGGCAGACAUUUAGAAAUAUUUAGGAGGUAAAUCAAGCAGGAUUUGGAGAUUGACAGUAUUCAAGAGGAGGAAAACUGGGACCCCAAGAAUGAUGCCAAGGCUUUAAAAGAAUCAGUGCAGCAGCCAUCUCUUUUUGGUUUUGUGGGUUCCUCUGGUCCAAAGGCACAGAAAUGGCCCCUGGACCCCUCUGCUGCCCUACAGUUCAUUCAGGACCUACUUACGGCGACCCUCAUAGGUACCAGGACCUGUGCUGUGCUCUGAGGGACCUGCUUCCCGUGCUGAAGGGGAGUAGCUCUGAUCGUGGAGGCAGACACGGUCUGACCACAGUUGCCAUCGCGUAAAGGAUGCUCUGGCGUGAAGGAGGGCGGGAUCCGAGGAGUCUUUACGCGGAGACACCUAAGCGGGGUCUUCCGGAAGAACAGGAGUUUGCCCGCGUGGAAGGAGUCGGGCAGAGCGAAUGAAAGCAGAGGUGAAGCAUGAGGAAAGGCCAUAAGACGAACCAAGAAAUAAGAAAGAGGGCUGCCGAGCGAGCGGCUGGAGCGCUGGGGGUAUGAAGUCCAGGAUCCGUGUGUGACGCGCCAGUCUGGGCAGCGCGUGGAGACCGUCCUGGCGUUUGGAUUUAUCUCCCAGCCAACGAGGAAAGACACGAUACAGCCCCAACUCACAGGUCAGAUCCAGGGAAGGUAGCCGAAAAGCCUCGGGCUAGAGCGGAGGGAGGGGGUACCCCCACUUAGGGACCUCAGAGUCCCUGGACCCAAAUCCCGGGGAAGCGGCCGCUUUGGGCAAAACCAUUCUUAAGAGGUGGAGAGGGGAGAAUAGCCUGCCUUGGGAGCCCAAGCCCGUGGAACCAGCUGAAACGUUUACUCGCUUCUUCUCUUCGCCUUUCUCUUACUUUUGCGCUCUCUUUCCGCCCCCAUUGGCUCUCUCCCCCGAGCCUCCCCUCGUCUCGGGCACCACCAGUUGCUCCUAGGCCACCCCCCCACGCGUGGUACCGCCCGGCGGGCGCACAGCUAGGCACAGGUUAUAAAGGCCGGGCUGCGACAGGCAGCCGACUGCGGACACAAGAUGCGCCCGAAAGAGUUGGGGCAGGGAUGCGCCGGGCACGGGCCGGGACCCGGGGAUCCCGGAGCAGUCACCCCUGCUCCUCCGUCCGCAGCCAAUCCCGCUCCACAGCCUUCCACCGAGCCUGAACCCGUCCCUGCGCAGGCACCCGAGGCUGGACAGGGAGCAGGAUACGGAUCCAGUUGCGUCUCAGGACCCCCGGAAGGCGCUCGCCGGGCCUCCGAGUCUGGAUCCAAGGCAGGAGCCCAGCGCACGUCUGCAUUCUCCGUCGACCAGGGGAAUGCACAGUCCGUGCUCGACAACUCGGACGUGCCGUGGACUCGCUUUAUAUUCCGAGGACCUUUUGGUUCCCAAGCCAGUGGCUUGGGGACUGGAAAGGCGGCGGGCAUCUGGAAGACGCCAGCUGCCUGCAUCAGCCGGCGGCCUGAGGUGUCUGGCCCCGAGCGCACCGCCUUUAUUCGAGAGUUAGAGGAAGCACUGUGUCCCGACCAGCCCCUGCCAGUCAAGAAGAUCACCCAAGAAGAUGUCAAAGUGAUGAUGAAUUUGCUAGAGGAGAGAGAACGGGACCUGAACACUGCAGCUCGCAUUGGCCGGUCCCUGGUGAAACAGAACAGUGUUCUGACGGAGGAGAACAGCAAGCUGGAAGCCAUGCUGGGCUCGGCCAGGGAGGAGAUUUUACAUCUCAGGCACCAGGUGAGCCUGCGGGAUGACCUUCUCCAGCUUUACUCGGAUUCUGAUGAGGAGGAGGAGGAGGAGGAGGAAGGUGAAGAGGAGGAGGAAGAAGAAGAGGAAGAAGAGGAGGAGGAAGAUGGGGAGGAAGAAGAAGAGCAGAGGACCCCUCUGGCAGAGUCAGAGUUGCACUGCUGCCCGCAGCUGGAAGCCCUGCAGGAGCAGCUGAGGCUGCUGGAGGAGGAGAACGAGCAGCUGCGAGAGGAGGCCUCCCAGCUCGACGACCUUGAGGAGGAGGAGCAGAUGCUCAUUCUGGACUGCGUGGAGCAGUUUUCGGAGGCCAGCCAGCAGAUGGCCGAGCUGUCGGAGGUGCUGGCGCUCCGGAUGGAGAACUUUGAGCAGCAGCAGAGGGAGGUCGCCCAGCUGCGGGCCCAGGUGGUGAAGCUGCAGCAGUGCUGCCGGUCGUAUGGGGUGGAGACUGAGAAGUUGCAGCAGCAGCUGGCUUCCGAGAAAGAAAUCCAGAUGCAGCUCCAGGACGAGCUGCAGGACCUUCGGGAGAAGUACUCAGAGUGUGGGGGCAUGCUGAUUGAGGCCCAGGACGAGGUGAGGACACUCCGCCAGCAAGCCCCCGUGUCCACUGGCUCUGUCACCCACUACACGUACACUGUACCUCUGGAGGCGCUUCCUGACUUUCAGGAGACCCUGGCUGAGGAGCUCAGAAUGUCUAUAAGGAGGAUUAUCUCAGACCGGGUGUUUUUUAUGGAAAGGAAUUAUGAAGUGACUCCAGAGGAGACAUCAGACCUGGGGUAUGAGCUGCGCUACAGUGAGGAGCGAGAGCAGAAGCAGGGCCUCGAGGCCGAGGAGGGGCUGAUGCCGGCCGAGGAGUUCGUGCCUGCGGAGGAGUUGGUGCCCGAGGAGGAGGAGCUGGGGGUCACCGAAGAGGCGGUGCCGGCUGAGGAGGGGGUGUCGGAAGAGGCCGAGCUGGUGUCCGAGGAGGCCGAGGCCUGGGAGGAGGUGGAACUGGAGUUGGAUGAGGCAACGCGGACGAGCAAGGUGACCUCAGCCCUGGGGGCCGGCGGCUUGGGGCCCUCACACCUGGACAUGAAGUAUGUCCUCCAGCAGCUGGCCAACUGGCAGGAUGCCCAUUACAGGCAGCAGCUGAGGCAGAAGAUGCUCCAGAAAGGUGAGUGCUCCCAUGGGGGCCUCCCUCCAGCCAGUUGGACAAACUGCAGAUCGUCAAGCAGAUGAAAGGUGAGGGUAGGUGAGCCCCUCAAGUGCUCACUUACCCCACGCUGGCCCUCCCCAGCGUGCUGAUUUGCAUGGACUUUGCAUAUCAUUUACAUAGGCACCUUGGGUCCCCCUUGGUAGGAACUGUGGCCCCGAUGCUUACUUAUGUGGAAUUUGCAUAGGAUUCUAGAUCUCCUCCCUCUUCUCUCCUGGGGCUGGGCUGGGGGUCAGGGGCUGGGACUGCAGCCCCCCACAGCGCCUCAGCUUCCUGUCUCUGCCCCCCCCCUUCCCCCGUCCCCAUCCCACCUCCCUCAUCCCCAAGGCUCCCCAACCCUGCAGCAGUGGCAGCAGCAGGCCAACACAAACAUGGGGGCGGGAUCGCAGAGCAGCAGCCUGGGGUGCCAACCUAGGACUUUUGGAGGCUGGAGGAGGAAAGGGCCAACCACCCUCCCAGGGCCUGGGAGGAAGAGGGGCCUUCUCGGGCCACCCAGGCCAUUGGGACGAAGGCCUCCACCAGCAAGGGCCACCGUCGGACCAGCCCCCUGGGUGAGUCUGAAGGUGGGCUAGGGUCUCCUACAGGGUGAUGGGGGUGGGAUUAGGGUCUCCUCUCCCCAGCUGGAAACCCCAGAGGUUGGGGAGCAGCACCUGCUGAGCGCAGGCCGUGUGCUGGGCCGUGCGAGCCUUCUCUUCAGGGAGCUCCCAGAGAUACCAAAGAUGAGUUAGCGACGGAAUUGUCUCCUCUAACCCUUGCAUCCCUGUAGGUAGGUAUUAUCCCCAUUUGGUGAGGAAACUGAGGUUCAGAGAGGAACGUUCAAGGUCACUGAGCCUGUUUUCUUGAUGUCUUCCCCGACUCAUCUCUCCCCUCUCACCCUGUCCUGGGUCAGCCAUGAAGUUUAUAACCUGUUGGCAGCCUCACCAUUACAUCUGGCCUGCCCUGCCUCUGAUGGCCCUUUGGUCCCUGCUGGGUGGCCUCCUCAGGGUCGCCAUGUAAGGUUGUACAGGUUGAAAACGGUACAGGGACCUCUGCGGCCAGGCAGUGGACCACCUACGUGACUGCCAGUGGUGGCUGUCUCUGUCCCAUACAGCUGACCAGGCCCAGCCCCUGCCUGCUGCCCAGGCCAGGCCUCUGGUCCUCAGACUCCCGGUUCACAUCCGCCCCUUCUCUUCCAGGCUUUGCUGUUUCCCAGCAGCCUGCAGAGGCCCCACAGACAGCCUGAGGGCCCUCCUUCCGCAGCCAGGCCAAGCCCCCCCCAGACCCUCUUUCCCAGGCUCCGAAACAGGACCCCUGGUCUGUUACCAGCCUACCUUCUGUCCUGAUGAACCGGGGCCAGAACUUGGGGCCUCGACCUCUUCUGGGACAGGCUGAAGGAACCCCAACCCUCGUCCUGUGGCUGGUGCAGGAGCUGUGGCUGCUGGGCCUGGAUCACAUGGUGGCCCAGAGGGUGUAAGAAGCCCCGGGGGAGGCCCACCAGCUACCAGAUCCAGCUCUGAGCUGGAGGUGGGGCUGGCCCUGGGCGUAGGAAGCUGUUCUGAGCUCACAAGGUGCCCCCUAAUUAAAGUCCUUGCUGACUCUUAGGGACCUGGUCGUCUUCUCUCAGUCUUGGCCCUUUCUCUUCAGUGCUUCACUAUCAGCGUUUGUAACUGGAAGGGUCUCUGUGUGGGUGAGGAGUCCCUCUGCCCAAGGGUGGGCCCACCCCCACCCCCACCCCCACCCCCUUGCCUGUGGCCUAUGUGUCCGGGCUCCCUUCCAAGGCCCUGUCACUCCGCCACAUCCUUCCUCAGUGCCCCUGGUUUCCUUGUUCUAGAUGUUUUUCCUUUUCUCACCGUUUACUCAUAAGCAGCUGGGCCCUGGGGCUCAGGCCCCUGUCCUUCCUGCCCGGCUCCCCGCAGUGCUUCUUAUGCUCCUGUUGCUUGUCAGCCUGUGUCUGUGCUGCUGCAGGAAAUAAAGGACCUGUGUGCUACCUGG